AUGGCCAAUGGUCAAAGCGUAGUUACAAAACGUAGUAUGAUGCUUUGUCUGGUGUUGCUACUAUUAUUGGUUAUAAGACUAAAAAAAUAUUAUUCAUUGGUAUUCGAAAUCGAUAUUGCGUGA